AUGGAAUUAGUGAUCAUUCUCAUAUACUUUGUGGUCGACCAAACUAGUCGAAUACAGCUUCAGCUUCAUCCCAAAAACCUCAGCCGUCUGCCUAUCGGGCGGAUGGUGAAAGUUGGCCAGUUUCGCAUCUUGAUCAGUCAAAUUGAGCCCCGAUUCCCUACAUCAUCUGUGUCCCACUCCAAUCGGACUCGUGCCGCAGAAACUCGUCGCCCCGGUACCCCAGAUACCGACGUCGAGGAGGAAUUCAACUUCCCUCCACCCGAGGACAAUCAGCCAAUCAUGGGUUUGAUGUCAUCGUCCAACUCUCCUUCAGUCCGUCUGGCAGAUGAGAAUAUCUCUGUAUAG